CCUCAACGCUCACUCUCUUUGAAGAUCCGUACUAAUACUACGCGCGAGCGCGUACUGUCUUUCUCUACUUAUUACAAGUCUUUCUUCGCCGGUACAUAGUCGACCAGAAACGCAAGCCUCGGAAGCAUUUUGACGACGAUCAAAGGGGCAGCCCGACGAUGUACAGAACGCCAAGCUCGACCGUCUCGUCGUCGAGGACGAGUUUACUCCCAACGCAUAGGCGUAGCGCACAGGAGGAAGGGAGGUAUGAAGCGGUGUUUCUGGCUGGACCAAAGAACAAUGUACCGCUCAAGACUGGCCCGCCGUCAUCUGGCCAUGCGUCCUUUGCCGACAAGUAUUCUCUAUCGCCUUCACCGAGAACAUGGGGCGUGUCGUUGUACAUGACGACGCCUGAACCGGACGAUAUCCUGCACAACCCGGAUCCUAAACGAGAUCGAAGGAGUGAUUUUGGGAGUUCACUGCUCACUUCGAGAGGGUUGUCGAAUGUGGGGUGUCUCUCGAUUCUUAUCAUUGGGUUGCUUAUGCUCUUUGGCGGUUACCCCUUGAUCUCGCAUUUCACAAAGGUGGAUUAUACAACCCAAGGAGGGUUCAACCUAGGCGGUAUCAACGCGUCUGGUCAAAUCCCCUCUUUUGCCGGAAACUACGGCUUGAUUGAUAAAGAUACUCCUCGGGAGGCGUAUACGAAGAUAUCCUAUCUGAGAGGGGAGGAAUUCGAGUUGGUCUUUUCGGACGAGUUCAACGAGGAUGGACGGACGUUUUAUCCUGGGGAUGAUCCGUACUGGGAGGCCGUGGAUUUGCAUUAUUGGGGAACGAAUGAUUUGGAGUGGUAUGAUCCUGCUCAAGUAACCACCGCCAAUGGGGCACUGCAGAUCACUAUCGACGAGGUUGCCGAUCCGUCUUUAAAUCACAAUAUGCGAUACAAGUCGGCCAUGGUUCAAAGCUGGAACAAAUUCUGCUUCACCGGUGGCCUGAUCGAAGUCAUGGUUCGGCUUCCGGGAUCCAGUUCUAUCAGUGGCCAUUGGCCUGCAGUCUGGACAAUGGGAAACCUAGGUCGCGCCGGAUAUGGUGCCAGUGUGGAGGGCUUAUGGCCGUAUAGCUACGACUCCUGUGAUGUCGGCACCCUGCCCAAUCAGACAUACCCAGGAACAUCGCUGCCUCUACUCGCGACCACGGAGGGAGAUCCUGCCAACUUCGAUGCCCUGUCAUACCUCCCUGGUCAGCGUCUGUCUGCCUGUACCUGCCCAGGAGAGUCCCACCCUGGUCCUGUCAGGUCCAACGGCGUCUACGUCGGCCGCGCAGCUCCGGAGAUAGACGUUAUCGAGGCUACUGUGGAUCAAGGUGUCGGACACGUCUCCCUCUCGUCCCAAUGGGCACCUUUCAACGCCAGGUACCGAACUCUGAACGUGUCUGAUGCAAUGAUAUUCGAUGAUCCAGAUGUUACUGCACCCAAUACGUAUCGUGGAGGUGUAUUCCAGCAAACUACUAGCGGAUUGGCUUUGACCAACCAAUCUUGCUACGAGCUGGAUGGAGGAUGUUUUACGACGUAUGGGUUCGAAUUCGACGACGCCUAUAUUACGUGGUACAAUAACAACGAGAGAGCGUGGACUGUCUUCUCAGCUGCUAUGGGCCCAGACCCCGAAGUUGAAAUCUCUGCACGCCCCAUGCCUCUGGAGCCCAUGUACAUCAUCAUGAACGUCGGCAUCUCUGAAAACUUUGGCUUGAUCGAGACGGAAAGACUAACCUUCCCGGGAGUCAUGAGCAUUGACUAUGUCCGGGUGUACCAGCCUAAAGGCGCAAAGAACAUCGGGUGUGAUCCGAAGGAAUUCCCUACUGCUGCCUAUAUCGAGACAUACAAAGAGGCGUAUACGAAUCCUAAUUUGACGACCUGGGAGCAGUAUGGACAACCUUGGCCCAAGAACGAGCUGAUGCCAGGCGGAUGCAGUUAAGCGCUCGGGCGCUUGAACGGCCCCUUUUUUCGGUUUCCCUUCGGCGCGAACUCUCUAUGUCACGAAAACUGCUCUCGAUCCUUCUACAUCACCAUACGCCCCGCUCGCUGCUUCACAGUCAGUCAUACCUCCUUCGUGCAUAAUCCCCUGCUUUUACAUUGUUGGCAUGCAUUCAUCCUCCGGACUUCUUUAGACAUCUUCGCGCUUUCUUCUUCAUCGAUUCACGCUGCCCUGAAAGCCCUGAAAUCUUGUUGCACUAAUUACUCGCUCGCUCGUUUCCACUUGUACAUUCGUUCUUUGCUCGCAUUUGGAUGUUGUCUGUGUGUACACCAUUGUCUGUAUUAGUCUGUACAUUACUUCGUUGUUCUGAAUGGACGAUUGAUUCGCCUG